CUCCGCUGAAGUCACACAGCGGGGAAACAGGCCGUUUAACAACUAAAUGUGAUUAGUAGCCUUUGUGCUAGCAAGCGGAAGUGGAUUUAUGGAUCAAAGUUGUAGCUAUCGUGACAAAACAUCGAAGAUUUCAGAGAGGAUCUCCGAGAACUGCGGGAACUGGCAACCUGAUUGAAGACGUGGGCAAUGGGAUGAUGAGAAGGGGCUCUUCUUCUUCUUCUUCUUCUUCUUCUUCUUCUUCUUCUCUGCUACUGCUUUGAUGAAUUGUGUCCGUGUUGUCCUCGGUCAGACAUGGACGACCAGGGGUGUCCGAGGUGCAAAACAACCAAAUACAGGAACCCGUCGUUGAAGCUGAUGGUGAACGUGUGCGGACACACGCUAUGCGAGAACUGUGUGGAGAUGCUGUUCGUGCGCGGCUCGGGCAACUGUGUGCAGUGCGACACGCCCCUGAGGAAGAGCAACUUCCGCGUGCAGCUCUUCGAAGACCCGACUGUAGAUAAGGAGGUGGAGAUCCGCAAGAAGGUGCUGAAGAUAUACAACAAGAGGGAUUUUGACUUCUCAAGCCUGAGAGAGUAUAACGACUACCUGGAGCAAGUGGAGGACAUUGGUAGGGGCACUGAUUGGGGGCGUCCUCCUGAAACAGAGGUAUACAACCUGACAAACAACCUUGACGUGGAGAACACCAAGCUGAAGAUGGAGCAGUACCAGAGAGAGCACAGAGAUCUCAUCCAGAAGAAUAAAGCUACACUUACCCGAGAGCAGGAGGAGCUGGAGGAGCUGCUGUUGCUGGAGCAGCAGGGCAAUGAGCAGCGGAGACUGGAUGUGCUUCAGGAUGAGCAGAGACAGCUGCAGGCCAAGAGGAAGAACAAGCAGGCUCUGCUGGAUGAACUGGAGCAGUCUCAACUUCCUGCCACCAUCUUGCUUGCCCAACACAAGGUCCGAGCUGCCCAGCUGGAGACACAGAUAGAACAGCAGAAACAGACAGUCAAACCUACAAAUCUAUUUUCAACUGGAAUCCACAUGCGUCAGACGGUGUCUCUCGUGGCUGUGCCCAAGGUAGAGGAUGUGCUGUUCCACUACAAGCCUCUUCACGUUGAAACCUACGGACCCCCAGUGCCUGAACUGGAGCAACUGAGCAGAGUCGGGUAUCUGAACCACGUGCGGGCUGCCAUGCCUCAGGACACAGCUGGAGGAUACACGUCAGCUUUGGCGUGUCAUCGAGCCAUCCAGGAUGCUUUCAGUGGGCUGUUCCCUCUAAAAGGAUAAAGUGUUAACAGAAGCUCCUGGAUAGAAAUGUGACUAUGGACUAUUAAUACUAAAUACUGCCCUGCUACCCCAUGGAGAGCUGUUGUGGUGGGUAGUAACCCGACUAAUUUUUUGGUAAAAGUGUAUUUGACUUUUUAUAUUUUGUUAGUUUUGUAUUUUAAUAAAUCACAAUGAACACUGA